AGUUCUGGGUAUACGCCCAGUGAUUUGAUGGGGAAAAAAAGCUACUUGGGAAGAUUGGAAUUCGCAGAAGAGGCAUUUUUAUAGGCAUUGUACUGGCUUAAGUUAGAAGAGGCAAGAAUCAGCAGAAGAAAGGUUUCGUUACAAAACUAGUUACAAAUAUGGAGGGUGCCAUUAAAACAGUUGUUAUGCAGUUCCUGUCUUCAGCACGAGGAAAAGAGAGCCUGGGUGGGAAGAGCUUCCAAAAGUUAGUCCAGAGUCAGCUGGGAAGCAUCCUGAGCGACACUGACAGUUCUUCAGCAGUGAAGGACAUGAUGAAAGGCCUGGAUGACAACCAGGACGGGAAAGUCAGUUUCCAGGAGUACCUGACGCUGGUGGGCUACCUGGCCAACUCACUGAGUGAGCAGAAAGCACGGAGCACUCCAGCCAGUGAACAAUAAGAAGCCCAAAAGCAUUGAUGACACUUGGGUUGAUGACACUGACAAUCAUUUGUAAUGCUGGAGUCUUGCACCAGUAAUCAUGGUAAAUAAGAGAGACUGGGGCUAGUUGUCACAUUUUUUACUUACUAAACUGUUUUCAACGUGGCUUGCUUUAUCAAAAAAAUAUCAAACCAUUGUUUUGGCCAAAACACACUGUAUUAAUAAAUUGUGUAAAAAUUACCGCAGCUUAACAUACAUAUCAAAACACAACUCUUUAGCCCUUGUGACUUCCUGUUGUAACAACUAGCCAAGGUCUUCAGUGCAAUCAAAAAUCUGCAAUUAAAUCUGCAAUGAUCUGAAAACACACUUAAAGUCUCUGAUAUUGCAAUGUACUCGCAUUUAUGAAAUUAUAAAACAAUGUCUGACCUGUGGCCAUGUGCAAGUGCUAAAUCAAGUAACUUUUUGUUGCAUACGUUUUUUUUUUUGUGUUUUUUUUUGCUUUCCAUGUAAACAGGGUUUUAUUUCAAGGCUCCUGUGUUUUCAUAUAUGAUUUAAUUGUUUUUACUGGGAACAAAAUAUGCUUGAUUAGUGCUUAAAACAAGGCAUAACUGAUGAAUGCAAGCCAUCAAAUUUACUAAAAAAUAGAGGCAAUGCCAAUGUUGUAUACACAUCAGAUUUGUCCAUUUAAAAAAGUGAAAUUUUACACUACUGGAGAAUUGUUUUUGUAUAACCUUUCAAUUAAAAUAUGGAAAUAAUUACAAAA